AUGGUGGCCCCUUCCUCCUUCCUGUAUGAGCUUCCUGGUCGCUCCGUCGCGAAGGCCAAUCUGCCCCACCCUCGCUGGGGAGAGUCGAGCCCGUCGCCGCACGCGAAGGCCGCGACGACCCCCGACCCUGCGGGCCCGGAGCGGGUCCUGCGCCGCCGCCGGGCCGGGGCCCCGGGGACGCGGGCCGCCUCACCUGCAGGUAAACUUGAGGGCGACGAGCAGCGCGCAGCCGAGCGCCACGGCCCCGCAGAGCAGCUCGGGCCGCCGGCGCGCCAUGAGGGAGGCGCCGCGCAGCCCGCGGCGGAGCCGGCCCGCCGAGGACGCUCCGGCCGGGGCCGGGCUGAAGGAGCCGGAGCCCGCGGAGCCGCCGCCGCCGCCGCCACCCUCGUCCUCGGCGUCGUCGCUGCUGCUGCUGCUGUUGCCGCCGCCGCGGCCACCGCAUUCCGACAUUACAUGCUCCCUGUCGCCGGCUUUAUACCGCCGCCGCCGCUUCGGGCCACAGGGCCCGGCCCGGCCCGUCGCUCCCCAACCCCGCAGUUCGCCGCGCCCGCUAACCCGGACCCUCCACGUCAGCCCCGCCGCCGUCGCGAAGCCCGCCCCCGCGCAGGCGGCUCCGCCCCCGCCCGCGGAGCCUGCGCGGACGCCGGCACCUCCCGGCGGACCCCGCCCCCCCCCCCCCCCCCGCUGACGGAGUCUGCGCGCACGCCGGCCCCGCCUGACAGCCCCGCCCCCGAUCGAGCCACGCCCCUCGCCCGCGGAGCCUGCGCAGACGGCCUCCCCGCAAGUGCCACCUGCGGCCCGGCGGUCUUCCCACAGGCCCCGCCCUCCGUCCGCGGAGUCUGCGCAGUCGCGGGUCGAGCGUCUUUCCAGUCCUCCCCGGGAUGCGCUCAGUGCGCGUGCAGGCAGCCACGGGCCGUCGGGGCUCCCAGCUUGGCCUGCUGCAUUUUAGGUGCCAUAAUGACGACGGCAUUCGUGCCCGCGAGUCCGUACAGGCUCCGGGGACAUAGACAUGUGGCUGCUUCUUUGACCAGAAUGUACUUCUGAAACUGACAAAUUCAGUUCUGACUAUCCCAGGCAGUCAGGAUCAGGCUGCACUGCUCUGCAGGGCUAAGUCAGCCCUAACUUGUCCACAUCAACCUGCAUGUGAGUUUUCAUGGUCACUUUUUAUACCAUACUCAAGUUGGUGGAGUUGGAGAAGGGGGCAGGGAGAUUAUAUACCAUAUAUAAACGCUUUCUUAGAACCAGAGACAAGUAUGCUCAUUAGCUUUUAAAGCUUCUAAGCAUUUACCCAGCCAACAGGAUGUGCCUGACGAGGUCCAGGUUGGCAGGUAUUUCGGGAGGGAAGCCGACCCCUGAGCCUGAGUGGUCCAGGCAGUGGUGGCUAUGCUUCCUGGAGACUUUGUGUCAAGACCCCAGAAUUGGCUUUCCAGAAAUUAGCGUUCUUUCCUUGCAACAAACACCCACAAGAAGUCUAAAUUCUAAUCUCUCGAGGCCAACUGAAGAGUGUUUCCGUUCUCAUCUUGGCCACUCACAGGAUCUCAAACUUUGAGUUUCUAGCCUGGAUUCUGAACACGAUGACAACCAACUUUUUUUCUUUUUCUUUCUUUUUUUUUUUUAUUUUUUAAGAGAGAGAGGGAGAGCCCAUGUGCACGUAAGUGGGAGACGGG